ACAGCCACCGCAAUUCAGGUCAACAAAGCCCAAGCUUUGUAUUCUUCAACUUCCCUCCCAUUUUCCCCAACAACCAAUUGCUGAAAAGAGAUCCCAUACAUUCCUCAACGUCUCCCCUCAUCCCUAUAUAAACCCAACAUCCCUCCACCAAUUCCUAAUCUCAACUUUCAGUCGUUCGACAUGGCUCGUACCAAGCAGACCGCUCGUAAAUCCACCGGUGGCAAGGCGCCCCGCAAACAGUUGGCCACCAAAGCCGCUCGCAAGAGUGCCCCGGCCACUGGAGGAGUCAAGAAACCCCAUCGUUAUCGUCCCGGCACCGUCGCCCUUCGUGAGAUCCGUCGCUACCAAAAGUCGACCGAGCUUUUGAUCCGCAAGUUGCCAUUCCAGCGCUUGGUCAGAGAAAUCGCCCAGGAUUUCAAGACCGACUUGCGUUUCCAGAGCUCGGCCGUCAUGGCCUUGCAGGAGGCCAGCGAGGCUUACUUGGUGGGUCUUUUCGAAGACACCAACUUGUGCGCCAUCCACGCCAAGCGAGUCACCAUCAUGCCAAAAGACAUCCAGCUCGCUCGCCGUAUUCGUGGUGAACGUGCCUGA